UAGCUGUUUGGUGGUAAUUUAUGAGCUGGUAGCAAGUCGAAUCAGUCGAGCUGCCCAGGAGCAACGAGAUCAGGCUUACUUUGAUUAGGAUAUUACUGCUAAUGACACUGGGGUGUCAGUGAGGGGAAAACCCCCCCUCAAAAACCCUCACAACAACAACGAAAAAACUAGUACCCAUCGAGAAUGGUACAGUGGGGAUUUCUGACGCAAUUUGUUCAGCACACGGUCAUAACCUAUAAGAGUGACAACUGAGGCAUCUGUGAUUAUGUGGAUGCAGAGAUCAGAAAGUGUAAAUAAGUCAAAUCCAAUGUUACGGAAAAUGUAGUCCAUCUAGAAGACGUUGAAAAAGUGUGCUUCUCUAAUAAGGAUUAUGGAUUCUCUAACGUGAAGAAAGAAGCUGUAUCCGAUUUGAAACCAAAUUUACAGCAAAACUGGAAUCCCAGCUUCUCCUCCGUCAUCAGCGCGCCACUUUCCAAGACUUGCGAUACAAGAGAACGCCCUUACCUUCCUCAUGAGGUGAUCGUUCUGAAUUCAGGACAACAUCGGUGCAAGCUGUGCUGUAGGGCCAUUAAUAAAGACCACCAGCCGUUGACGAGGAGAAAAGUGGUUUUCUUAGACAGGUGGAUAUCUUGGAUAACAACGUCAUAAAACCCAAGGGCGGAAGUGUUUGUUUUGUAUAGGUGAUUGUUUUAGAUAGGUGGCCGUUAGAGCAGGUUCCACUGCACAUUUUUAGAGCUACCAGCUGGCUAUGUUUAAAUGCUGUUCCAGCCUCGUUCUCGCGUGAAAUCAAAACAAAAAUUUAUUGAAUGACAUCUGUACAGUAGGAUAAAACAGUAUAAAGUUACCUUUUUGCUGAGAAGACAUUUCUGAAAUCAGAUCAAAAGCGCCAUAAUUGUCACUAACUGACCACCAGGAUGCGACAGUUAUCCCCCCAGUGUCCCAGCUCAGGUAUACCCUCAGUGGUCAUCCAGAAACUGUCAGAUUGUGGACGGAGCCACAAGAUGUCACAUGACAGCCCGUAUACACGUGACUUUAUGCCUACAUGUGGAGAACUCGGCAUCCCUUUAAUGGACGACUGUAGGGUCGCAGAUUUCGCCUACUGCAACAACAGCACUAGUGGCAACAACAAUAGCAACAGCAUGGGAGUUUCGGUGAACAGAUACAGCGACCAUGGGUCUGGUGUGUACAGCAGAGACUGUGUUGUGGGUCUGUCCACCCCGGAUGUGUUCAGAUUCGGACGGUUGAUACACAGCCCUGGACUGCAGAUAGACGGACUCAAGUAUGAGAGCCAGACAUACCGCGUGGACCCCUACUCCCCCGUGUGCAUGGUACCACUGCCGGGUCACAUGACAGAGCCUACUUUUGUGCGCAGGCGCAAUGAGCGGGAGCGGGAAAGGGUCAGGUGUGUCAACGAGGGUUACGAUCGUCUCAAGGAGCAUUUACCGCUGGGAAACAAAGACAGGCGCAUUAGUAAAGUGGAGACACUACGUCACGCUAUCGACUACAUCCGGGGACUACGGCAACUUCUCCAGGACACGGAACGACAGAAACAGCACACAGACAAACAACACAGCAACAAACACACCAACAAACGCACCUACAAACACAACAACAAACACGCAACCUCCAUCUCACACUCACCUCAUGAAGACGCUGCUGGUCCUGCACACAAGAGAAGACGCCCCUCUUUGACUUCUAGCGGACACGGCUCACCGGAAUCAGACGUGUGUUGAAACAAACGUAAUCGACGUAAAAACGUGCACGAACUGUCUAAGACGACCGUCCCUUGUGGAGGAGAAAAGUGGUCGUCUGAAACAUGUGGCUUUCUUGGUAGUUGCCAUUAUAACACAUGUAUAGAAGAAAAAAACGCAAAAGGGGUGGGGGGGGGGGUCAUUUGUACAGGUGGUUGCCUUGGACAUUUGGAUAUUAGAGCAAGUUUAUCUGUACCCUGUGUUUAUAAUUAUUUCCUAUGCGUAGAUGUUGAUAUAAUAAUAUUUCUGAUCGCAAGAAAAGUGAAAAUUAUGAUUAAGUGUCGAAUGGAAUUAAACAGUCAAAUGUAUACGCCUCACCCAAACACACCGCCACUCCGCUCAUCACACCACAGCCCGCUGUUCCUUGCUCAUAUAAUCACGUGACUGCGACCCCACUGCCUCCCUCACCCCACACACCAACCCCCCUCCCUUUCACGACGGCAUCAAAUGUUGAAAGAUGCGUAAUAAAUACAUGACAGAUACAUGACAUAUACGAGACAAACACUUGACAGAUGCCUGACAGAUACCUGACAGAUACCUGACAGAUACACACCAAAUAUACCGAGUUGCAAAAGUUCUGUCACACCCACCUUAAAAGUACAAUAACUCAUUUACUGCUCAAUAUAGCCAAGAGAAAUUUGGUACAUGCGAUCUUUAUUCAUUUUCUGCUGACACGACAUAAAAAGAUUUGACAAAUGUCUUUCCUUAUUCAAGGGAGAUAGUUUUAUUCACAAUGACUCUUGCAAAAUCCAAAUCAAAGUUUGCUCAGUAUGGCGUGUGGCCUCUUCCAGCUUGAAUUACUGAUACAAAACAUCUGUUCAUUGACUGAAUUGAAGUCCUUAUAGUUGUCUGAAAAAUCCCCUGCCAUUCCUUGUGAAGUGCAGCCUUCAGUUCCUGACCAGUUUGUACGGAGUGCGGCCUGUUUCUAAUCCUCCUGUCAAGGUCAUCUUACUGAUGUUCUGUUGGGUUAUGGCUUGUGGAUCCUGCAGACCAGUCCAGAACAACGAUUUGAUGAGUUUGGAAGAAGUUUUCAUUGAUCGUAGCCAUUUGUCGUCCGGCGUUGUCUUGUUAGCACAUUCCAGCAUCCGUGCCAUGUAGCGCAGUCACUGUGACGUAGAAUUUCGUCACAAUAAUGUCGUUAUUUGAAGUUGCUUUGAAAAGUAACUAAAUGUAUAAGAUAAAAAGCAGAGAUUCCACCCCCUACCAUCACAUUUCAGCCACCUUCGGGCCUCUUGAGGGACGUUGGAUUUGUGAAAUUUCUAUUCUCUUCUUUUAAACAUUUUUUCUCUUCCAUCAAUGCGACAAAUUAAAAACCUUAACAAUUGCAGAAAAGAACACGUUACCAACGUCUUUAGCUUCAUCGACAAUGUUGUGCCAAAAUCUGGCGAUUUCUUCUCUGAAACAGGGUUAGAAUGGCUCCAUAUAAAGGGCGAUAAUCACGUAAUCCACGAUCUAAUAAAUGUCUAAUAAUGAUGUUUCAAGACAGUCCAAAGUGCCUGGCAGUCUCUGCACUAAGUUGGAAUGGGUUUUAAAAAUGGGUGUUGACAAUAACCGAAUUCUGAUGUCGAGUUGUCGCUCUUUGUUGGCUACGUCUCGGCUUGUCUUGGGCAGUUCUAGUGGUGUUAAAACGUUUGUUCAAGCGUUAGAUGGUUCCUCUGCAAACAGUUACGUGUCUUGCAACAGCAGAAAGCGCAAUUAAAGAAUGCAUCAUACAUACAGCCCCUAUAUUUUCUGAAUUUAUCAUUUUUAAAAUUUUGGAAACAGGAGCAAAGGGUACCCAACAGUUAAAAAGCACAUAAUUUUCUUGUGUGUAAGGUGUGUUUACACAUUGUCUACGUGAUUCAAAGCAAAUUUUGUGUGUAGGAUUUCAACACAGACCGCGAGAAAUCAAUACCAACACUUUCUCCACGUACUACUUCCGGUUUAUGAAUUCUUUGGUCUGCUCUUGCCCAAGAAGUCUCAUAAGUCCCACAAGCCAUACUUUUAAAUUUUACUGCAAUUCUUACGCUAUACCGAAAAUUAUCGUAAUAUAAUGGGUGUGACAGAACUUUGGCAACUCGGUAUACAUGACAGAUACGACGUCGCCAGAUACAUAAUAGAAACAUGACAGAUACGUGACAGAUACAUCGCAGAUACAUGGCAGAUACAUAACAGAUACAAGACAGAUACAUAACACAUGCAUGACUGAUAUGUGACUGAUACGUGCUAGAUACGUCGCCAGAUACGUAACUGAUAUAUAAUAUUAUAGUGUAAAGCGCAUAGAGCUUGCUGUCGAACGGGAAUACGCGCUAUACUAAUGCUAUUUAAUUUAUUACUCGUAUUAUUAUUACAUGACACACACGUCGCAAGAUACAUACAUAACAUAUACAUUACAGAUACGUCGCCUGAUACACGACAGAUAUGUACAUGAUACAUGCCAGAUGUGUGCGUGAUGUGUGCGAAUUUACUCCCAGUCGUCGCGGGAAAAGAAACUUGGGCAAAAACGUGAAAAGUGAAAAUGCUAUAUCAGUUUCAUUCCACUUGCAGAUCUACCUUAACAGGUAUUACUCGGCUCGGCUUUCAGAAAUCUACCCUAAUGACUUCAUUAAUUUGUCGAGCACCUGAGUUCACGUCUACGCCACCCAUCAUCUCGGUGUUUUUCAUGAAAAGAUUGAGUUCUCUGCCUUUGAUUUGACAAUUAUGUUGAUUUUGAGGGCAUCAAACUAUGACCAAAAAUAGUCCCUGAUGUAGGCCAUGUGUGACUCACAUUCACUGAUAAAGACCAAUCGAAUGUGAUGGGAAGUACAGCUCAAAAUCAUACAUUAAACUCCCUGAAGCUUAAUUAAACUUUCCUUUUGUUUGGAAUACAGUUAUAAUAACGCACACUUGUAGAUAUAUUGUACAUUGUUCUCAAUAAACAAAAUAUUGUUGUUACUCAA